ACGAUGUCCACCAAGGUGCCCAUCUACCUGAAGCGCGGCAGCCGCAAGGGCAAGAAGGAGAAGCUACGGGACCUGCUGUCGUCGGACAUGAUCAGCCCGCCGCUGGGGGACUUCCGACACACCAUCCAUAUCGGCAGCGGCGGGGGCAGCGACAUGUUCGGUGACAUCUCCUUCCUGCAGGGCAAGUUUCACCUCCUGCCAGGGACGGCGGUCGAGGGACCUGAGGAGGAUGGCGCCUUCGACCUCCCCUUCCAGUUCACCCGCACUGCCACGCUGUGCGGGCGGGAGCUCCCCGAAGGGCCGUCCCCUCUGCUCAAGAAUGCCAUCUCCCUCCCUGUCAUCGGUGGGCCCCAGGCCCUCACCCUGCCCACGGCCCAGGCCCCACCCAAACCCCCUCGCCUGCACCUGGAGACCCCACAGCCUUCCCCACAGCCUUCCCCGCAAGAGGCAGGGAGUGUGGACAUCUGGAGAAUUCCAGAGGCUGGCUCUGCCCACAACGGGCUGACCCCCGAGUCAGGGGCUGAGGAGCCCUUCCUGUCCCAUGCCAGCUCCCUGCUCUCCCUGCACGUGGACCUGGGGCCUUCCAUCCUGGAUGACGUCCUCCAGAUCAUGGACCAGGACCUGGGCCACAUGCAGAUCCCCACGUAGGACCAAGGCUGGCCAGGCGGGGUGCUCAGGAUCGAGCGAAUGCUGGGAGGCAGAGGAGCGAUGCAGCCCUGGUCUAGAAGUCGGGAUUCCCCAAGGCCCCACUGUGUGGUUGCUGGCCAGUGACUUCUUUCUUUGAGCCUUUGUUUCCCUCCUUCCGAGCACCUCCCUAGGGGCAGAGUGUGCCUCAUUGCUUUCCCCUAAAACGCACUAAGGACACCUGCAGAAGUCAGCCCAAAGUGCCCUGCGCAUCUUGGGCCGCCUGGACCCCCACCACCAACCGCUCCCCCUUCCCUCACAUCCCUUGGAUGAAGGCUUUGCCAAGAUGGGCUCCUCUCUCCAUCUGCCUUCUGCCUCAUCCUUGUGGGAUGCCCUGAGUGGGGGGUGGGGGGG